ACUCCCACCCUAGCGACGCGCGCCUGGUUGCUAGGGGUGGAAGCGCGGGAACCUGUAGAAGCUGCGGAUGCCAGCUACCGGUGCUUGUGGGCCUCAGUGCCAGGCCGCCGGUGGGUAUGGAGCCCGAGUGACAGAGAUUGGGAAGUGGCCGUCUGACUUGUUUCCGAAGGCUGAAUGAACUACAGAUCAUCAAAUACAGCAGCAGCUCACCAAGAAGAUCCCGUUGCUUUGGGGCUCUUCAGCAAGUUUGAAGGACACAGGACCUGGGGUGGCUGAGGUUGGCUCCUGGUCUGAUCCUGCAAAUGUCGGUGCUAGCCACCUCUCUUAUUCUUUGGGGCACCAGCGAUUCAUGCAGAGUGUCACGUGCUCAGGAGAUGCUACCUGAGUGAGUGAAGAGAUAAGGGAACACCCCCUCAGCGCCUAUGAGGGAUGUUGUUAACUGACGGCCAACUGAAACCAGCUCUUCCUCAGAAGGUCUUCUGUAGGCUCUGGGCUGUGAUGGGGAAACUGCAGAGCAAACUCAGACACAGCACUUACUUAUACAGCAGGCCUGAUGGGAUUGUAGAAGAGAGAGUCCAGACUAAAGCUUCCCAAGAAUACAUCCCUGCUCAUGUGGAUACCGUCUCUGUAGUUGCUACUCUGAACUCAGACCUCUGUAUCUCUGGAGGGAAAGACAAGACUGCUGUGGCCUAUAAUUGGAAAACUGGACGCGUGGUGAAAAGGUUCAUAGGACACGAGCGGGAAAUCACGAAGAUAGCCUGUAUUCCUAAAUCAAGCCAGUUCUUCAGCGCCUCUCGAGACAAGACAGUCCUGAUGUGGGACCUGCAGGGCUCCUCACAGCCCAGGCAGCAGCUGUGUGGCCAUGCCAUGGUAGUCACUGGCUUGGCUGUGAGCCCAGACUCGUCCCAGCUGUGCACUGGCUCUCGGGACAACAGCCUGCUUCUGUGGGAUGUGGGGACUGGACAGUGUGUGGAGAGAGCAUCUGUCUCCAGGAACCUGGUCACACACCUGUGCUGGGUCCCGAGAGAGCCAUACAUAGUCCAGACCUCCGAGGAUAAGACCAUCAGAUUAUGGGACAGUCGGGGGCUUCAGAUGGCUCAUGUGUUUCCCACAAAGCAGCACAUCCAGACCCAUUGUGAAGUCAGUGUGGAUGGACAUACGUGUAUCUCCUGCAGCAGUGGCUUUGGGGGUGAAGGCUGUGAAGCCACGUUGUGGGACCUAAGACAGACAAGAGACAGGAUGUGUGAGUAUAAGGGGCAUUUCCAGACAGUUGCAUCCUGUGUCUUUCUACCAAAGUCCGCAGCCUUGAUGCCUAUGAUUGCUACCUCAGCACAUGACUCCAAAGUGAAGAUUUGGAACCAGGAGACUGGAGCUUGCCUUUUCACCUUGUCUCUGGAUGGAUCAGGACCCCUGACCUCACUGGCUGUUGGCGACAUCACCUCUUUGUUAUGCGCAAGUUUCUACAGAGGAGUUCACUUACUCAGAGUGGACCACAGCCAAGGACUGGAGCUGCAGGAAGUGGCAGCCUUCUGAAACAAAGAGAUAUUGAUUGGAUAAUAUCAAACCAUGGCCCCUC